AUAAAGAUAUCUAUCAAAGUGUAUGUAUCGACAAAGUUCUUGUAAAAUAUUUCUAAAAUCACUCCCGCGACGAAAAUAAUGAUUAGUUUUUUAUUUCAAGCGGCUUCAGGUCACACUCGGUUUUCCUUUUGUUCAAAUUAACUUCUGACUGAGAGAUCGAAUACCUUACCUACGGUUUUAAAUAGAACUCCUGCUAUAAAAUGGCAGAUAAAGUGUACGUGUCAGUAAAUGAGGGAAAAAUUAAAGGCACCCGGAAAAUGUCGAACUUUUCUGGCGUAGAAUAUUUUUCAUUCCUCGGAGUACCUUAUGGUCAGCCUCCAGUCGGAAGUGCUCGGUUUAAAGAUCCGGUCAAAAUAAAACCUUGGAAGGACACUUUGGAUGCAACGUUUGAAAGAGAUGGUUGUAGGCAAUUUUCUCUACUUAAGAGGGAUUUUUUAGGAUCAGAAGAUUGUUUGUACAACAAUAUUCAUACACCUCAACUGCCGAAAGAAAAUGAACCACUGAAAUCUGUGAUCGUAUGUAUCCAUCCUGGAGGAUACUGUUAUGGCUCUGCUGAUCCGUCUCAAUUCGGAUCUCCGGAAUUCAUCAUGCAUCAUGAUAUUGUUUACGUAUGCGUGAACCAUCGACUGCAUAUUUUGGGAUACUUAAACGUUGGUUUGAAAGAAUGCUCUGGGUGUCAAGGACUGAAAGACGUCAUACUGAGUCUUGAAUGGAUAAAAGAUAACAUAAACGUGUUUGGUGGCGAUCCUAAUAAUAUAACACUCAUGGGAAGCAGCAGUGGAUCAGCCAUUGUACAUGCUCUAAUGUUCGCACCAAGAGCAAAAGGACUAUUUCACAAAGCAGUGCUCAUGGGAAUGUACGGAUUAAAUCCUACCCUAGUAACUCAACAUGAACACGUCACAAAUGCCUUUGAAUUAGCGAAAUCUUUAGGAUACGAUGGAACAGCUGAUGACAGAAAAAGACUGUUGGCAUUUUAUAAAAAAGUCGACAUCGAUGAUAUAUUACUCCUGAGACCGGAAGCACUUUUUUCUCAGAACAAAAUAGCAAUGUUUCCUGCCUCCACAUUUCUUCCUACAGUUGAUGAGGAAGACGAUAUACAACCUGGAACUCUGCAGGAACUGGUACCUUCGACUGUCAGAGUGCCUAUGAUGAUUGGAUUUUGUGAAAACGAAGGUGCUAUGGGUUUUGUUAGACUAUUCAAAGAAAAGUUUAGAAAUAAUUUUUAUUCAACUUUAACUCAAAAUGUUUGGAGCUGCGGCAGUGAGCUGACCGAGCAAGAUUUAAAGAAAAUUGAAAAACAAGCUGAAAUGUUUUACUUGAACGGCCAAUCCACUCACAAAGCAAGUUUGAGUCAGAAAUGCGAUAUUCAAACAGAUAUCGCUUUAUCCGAUGUGUAUAAUUCUCUGAUCAAUAUCGUAGCCGAAGACCUCCCUUCUUCGGUAUUUGUUUAUAGAUUUGACUUCGAAGGCAGCAUUCCAACAAUAAAAGAUAAAGUUAUGGCACUAUUGGACGAACCAUUAAAAGGGACUUGUCACGGUGACGAUUAUAGUUACUGGGCAAUGGUAAAAGAUCAUUGGAGGAAACUAGACUACAUCAUAUUGCCAAAAACUCGCGAAAUGAUUGAAAAAUUCACCAAAUUAAUAACAACUUUUGCUAAAACAGGAGAUCCUAAUUAUAAAGGUUUGGAAGUCCACUGGAAACCUUCAUCUAUCGAAAAUCCAUAUUAUCUGAGUAUCAACGAUCCUUGUACUUUAAUCGAAGGCAAAUUGAACGGCAAAAGAAUGGAAUUUUGGGAAAACAUCAAGAAACAAUUCAGCGAUCGUUGAAUUUGAUCGGAAAUUUUAUCAACUUGAAACUAAGUAUUUCGGUUUUAUCGUAAGCAAUGUACGAGCUAGUCUGUGUAAUUAUCUGGUCAUUUGGGACAUUAAAUAAUUCUUUCAUAAG